UGAUUGACAGUAGACAACGACAGUCAGGCGCGAUAGACACUACGAACAGAACACAGAUACACUUUGCCUGUAACCGCGCAGUUUUAGAUAAAGGACAUCCAGAGUGAGUUCUAUUUUUUAUUCCAUCAUCGCAAACAGCCGGUUUUCAACUAGUGCCCUCUAUCAGAGUUCAUGAAGAAGUGACGACGCGUUUUACACUUUUACAUUUGGUGCCUGGACUGGACGAUUCAUUGAGUGUCUUUAUGUGACAGUUGAGCUAUUUGUCCGUUUACUUUAGAGAUGGCAGAUUUACCGCUGCCGCAACAGUUGGUUGACAUAGACCCAGAUUUCGAGCCACUCUCGAGGCCCCGGUCAUGCACCUGGCCUCUGCCUCGACCAGAGUUCAUCGAACCCGCCUGCUCAAACACAUCUUCACCGGCGCCUUCAGUCAAACAGGAGCCUGUCGAAUACAUCAGUAACCUCAGUUUUUUAGAAGAGUCAGAGGACUACCCGGAGGAUCAGAAACCGCUCGUUUUGUGCAAUGAUUUUCAGUGCCAGGGGAACUGCAUACACCCGCAGCAGGAGAAACAACAUCCACAGCAGUUACAGCAUCAUCAGCAGCACCCGUGUCCUCAGCUGCCGCACCAGCAACAGGUUCCCCCGGUCUCAUCCCCCAACGGGUCGAAUUCGGUGGCCGCCGCCGCAGCCGUGCAGAGGAAAAGCAGCUCGUCGCGUCGGAACGCGUGGGGGAAUAUGUCCUACGCGGACCUCAUCACCAAGGCGAUAGAGAGCUCACUGGAGAAGCGACUCACCUUGUCUCAGAUCUAUGACUGGAUGGUGAAGAGCGUGCCAUAUUUUAAGGAUAAAGGAGACAGUAAUAGCUCAGCAGGUUGGAAGAAUUCCAUCCGCCACAACCUGUCCCUCCACAGUCGUUUUGUUCGUGUGCAGAACGAGGGGACAGGGAAGAGCUCGUGGUGGAUGCUGAACCCCGAGGGAGGGAAGAGCGGGAAGUCCCCCCGACGUAGAGCUGCCUCCAUGGACAACAACAGCAAGUUCACCAAGAGCAGAGGACGGGCUGCCAAGAAGAAGGUGGCUCUCCAGGACGGGGUAGUUGGGGGUGCAGACAGCCCGGGAGGCUCCCAGUACUCCAAGUGGCUCGGCAGCCCCAACUCCCACAGCCACAGCAAUGAUGACUUCGAGGCCUGGACUACCUUCCGGACGCGUGCCUCCUCCGACGCCUCCACCCUCUCUGGCCGUCGCUCUCCCUUUCUGGAACAGGACAUCGACCUAUCAGAGGCCGACAUCCAUAUGGGCUACCCUGGAGGGAUGGGGCCUAAGAUUACCUCCAUGGCCACCCUGCCCAGCCUAUCAGAAGUGGGCCUGGCCGGCUCCAUGGGGGGUCAUCAUCAUGGUCACCACGGAACAGAGAAUGUCAUGGAGAGUCUCCUUGACAAUCUCAACCUGCUGUCCCCCAAGAAUCAAGGCCAGCUGGUGGUAUGUGGCGGGCCUGGGUCUGGGCCCGACUCCUCACGGUCCUCCCCCUCCUCCAUGCUUCAGAACAGCCCCUAUAGCUCCCCCUCCAUGAACCCCCAACCCCAACAGCAGGACUACAGGAAGUGCCUCUAUGGCCAGGCUGGGCCAGGCAUGAACAGCCCACAUCUCUCCCCCAUCCCCAUGCAGACGCUGCCAGAGAGCAAGCCUCCAGGGUCCUUUGCACACUUCCGGAGCCAUUACAACUGCCCUGCUGGGCUCCUUAAGGAGCUGCUGACCUCUGAAGUAGCUGACCCCCGUGGUGGGGGUGGUGGGGAGGCCAUGCCCACCAUGGAGACAGUAGUGUCCCAGUCAGGGAGAGGGCGAGGAGGAGGAGGGCGGAUGCUGCCCAACUACAGCAGCCAGGGGCAGGUGGGACAGGUGGGGGGGCACGGAGGGGUGAAGAUGAUGAGUCCCCCUCCUCAGCAACACACACGACACCCUCAGUCCCACACUCAAAAUCCACACCCUCACCCACAUAUGCAGCCUUUCCACAGCCAGGGCCAGUGCCCUCCCCCAUCUGGGCCCUCCAUGAACGGCUGUGGCCUGAUUCCCCUGACCAGCCUCAACCACGCUGGGGGCCCUGCCCGUCUAGCCAGCCUCAGGACACACAUCCACCAGCUACAGCAGCGGCCCCACAGUGGUGGUGGUCACCCAGUCUCAGGCCAUCACAACCACAGUCACCACCACAACGGAGCUCCUCCACCCAGCUACAGCAGCAGUGCUAAUGGUUAUGGGAGACCAGGUCCAGGUCCCAGCUCUGCUCAUCCCCAGUCCCACCACCACCAUCAUCAUCAUCAUCAUCAGGAGAGGCUGCCUAGUGAUCUAGACGACAUGUCCAUCGAGAGGUUUGAGUGUGACAUGGAGUCUGUUCUUCAUGACACGCUGAUGGACGGAGACUCGUUGGACUUCAACUUUGACCCCAUGGUGACCACUCAGGGGUUUAGUCAGGGGGUUGGGGUGAAGACCACCACACACAGCUGGGUGUCUGGCUAAGACACACACACACCUCUCCGACUCAGAGCAGACAGUUUUGAUUUUUCAGAUUUUUCAACAUUCUCCACUGGCCUUCAUUAAGAGAAUGGAAGAGUCUAAAGAAACCAUUGCCCCUCUCCAGAGGACUAUCAUCAGCCCGUCCCAAUUCUGUCACUAUCCAUUGCAGAUAUGUAAGGUGGAAGAAAUCAGGUGGAAGCUCCAUCACUAAACUGUGUUCACAUAUCUAGACCCUUUAGAUUUGCAAAGAUCAAGGGGUACGGAGGGACUGCGCUGGCUGAGACUGUGAGGGAAAGGCUGGUCUGAAGUUGGCCUUGUAAAUAUAGCAGCACAAUACCAUUCACUUCAACAGUACUUGGAAGAAGCUGGAGACUCUUAAAGCAAUGUUUUAUUGUGAAAAAUGUUUUGUGUUUAGUAUGUUAUUUUAGUUUUUUGGAUCUCACAUUAUGUUUUUGCGAGUGUGUAUUUAUCUUUUUUUAGUUUGGCUUUAGCUCUUCAAAAACAACUGGAAUGGAGUCGGUUCUGUUUCACAUUCAAGUGGGGUCUGUCCCACCCUUCAAGGUGCUUCUCUAUAAAUGUUGUCAAAAAAAGUUUGACAUAUUAUGUCUGAGUAAGACAUUAUCGAUGUAAAUAUGCUACUAUACUUCAAACAUACAGUGCAUUCGGGAAAAUAUUCAGACCGCUCAACUUUUUCAACAUUAUGUUACUUUACAGCCUCUUUCUAAAAUUGAUUCAAUUGUUUUUUCCCCCCGCAUCAAUCUACACACAUUACUCAAUAAUUACAAAGCAAAACCUUUUUUUAAUAAAAAAAAAAAAAAAAUUUGUAAUUGUUUAAAAUUUUAAGAAACUGAAAUGUCACAUUUACAUAAGUUUUCCGACCCUUUACUCAGUACUUUGUUGAAGCACCAUUA